AUGGGUAGCAGUGCUGUGUGGGUCUUCUUGGCUCUUGAGAUGAUCAUUGCUGUAGCUUCUUGUUGUCUGGGCAAUGCGCUGGUGAUCUGGGCAGUAUGGACAUGUGGAGCCCUCAGGCAGCCCACCUUCUGCUUCAUUGUGUCCCUCGCUGUGGCUGAUUUCCUUGUGGGAUUGGUGGCCAUCCCCAUAACUGUGUUGGUGGACAUUGGUAUGACCACCUCCUUUUAUGGCUGCCUUUUCAUGUGCUGUGUCAUCAUAAUGCUAGAGGUGGCUUCUGUCGUCUUACUCCUGGCCAUCGCAGUGGACCGUUUUCUGCGUGUGCACAUCCCUCUGACGCUGUUAAGAGCAAAUAUAGGUGUGGCUGCUGUGUCCAACACAUACUACCAAAGAGAACACAGACUGGCUGCUUCACUGGUUCUGGUCUUGGUUCUGUUUGUUGUCUGUUGGCUCCCUCUGUUCCUCACGGUUACUGUAAGAUUAUAUGGUCAUAACAUUGAGGUGUCCUCUGUUGCCAUUGACAUGGGUGUCCUCCUGUCUCAUGCUAAUCCAGUAGUUAACCCCAUAGUUUAUGCGUUUAAGAUCCCCAAGAUAAAAGAGGCCAUUACAAACUUUCUGCUGGAUCCUCCGCAGUUCGUAUACAGAGCUAACAGGUCUGUUGAUGUGGUCAACAUGGCCCUGCACUUCAUGCUACAGCAUCUCAACAGUCCUGGAACCUACAUUAGAGUUCUGUUUGUGGACUUCAGCUCAGUUUUCAACACCACAGCACCAGAGCUGCUGCAGAUCAAACUGUCUGUGCCAGAUCCCAUCUGUUAG